AGGGGGCAGGGCGAGCGGGGGUAUAUAAGGUGGUGCGAGAACUGCAGGAGCAUCAGCACCAUGAAGGUCUUGGUGGUGUGCACACUGGUGGCCGCAGCCUCCGCUUCCUUCUUCGGGGGCCAACAUCUCAGCGGCUUCCAGAGUGACUCAUCUGAUGGAGUAACUCUGGCACAGAAGCAGCACGACAUCAACUUCCUACUGUACAAGGUGUACGAGCCUCUGCAUGAUGCCAAACUCAAGAAUCUUGUUGAAUCCUUUAACCCAGAGACCGAGGCAUCUAACUUCCCUGACGGCGGAGUUGCUGUUCUCAAACUCCUGAAGGAGCUCAAAGAUCACCAUCUUGAGGAGAAAGAACAUUUCUUCACUGUGUUCAAUUGCACUCAGCGAGAACAAGCCAUGAUGCUCGCCAAUGUCCUCAUGCAGUGCCAGGACUGGACAAUAUUCACCAGCUAUGCUGCUUACUUCCGUCAACAAAUGAACGAGGAAGAGUUUGUUUAUGCUAUGUACGCAGCUGUUGCACAUUCUCCGCUUACAAGGAACGUUGUGCUGCCCCCAAUAUAUGAGAUCAUGCCUCACUUUUUCACAAGCAGUGAAGUGCUCCAACAAGCGUACAAAGCCAAGAUGACUACCAAGCCUGGAAAAUUCCCGAUGGACUUUACAGCCACCCAGAACAACCCCGAAUACCGAGUUGCUUACUUCACUGAAGACAUCGGGCUCAGCACCCACUACCUAAACUGGCACAUAGACUACCCCUUCUGGUGGAAUGACACCUUCGGUCGUCACAUUGAACGCAAGGGAGAGACCUUUUUCUGGGUCCAUCACCAACUCAACAACCGCUUUGACGCGGAGCGCCUGUCUAAUCAUCUCCGCGUUGUAGAGAAACUUCACUGGGAUGGAACUCUGCAUGAAGGAUUCCAUCCACACAAUUCGUACAAAUAUGGCAACUUCUUCCCGGUCCGACCCGAUGAUGUUCACAUCCAGGAUGUGGACAACGUUGCUGAGGUGUAUGAUUUGAUGAUGAUGGACCAACGCAUUCGAGAUGCCAUCGCCCACGGCUACAUCACUGACAAGGACGGAUCCAAAGUCGAUAUCAUGAAUGAACAAGGUAUUGACAUCCUUGGCAACAUUAUUGAGUCCUCUAUGUACAGCCCCAAUGCUGACUACUAUGGCUCCCUCAACAACUUGGGUCAAGUUUUGCUUGGCCACCAGGGCGACCCCCAUGACAAGUACCAUGAGGCUCCCAGCGUCCUGGAGCAUUACGAGACCGCCACCCGCGACCCAGCCUUCUACCAGCUACACAAGUACAUCGACGACCUCUUCAGGAAGCACAAGGACCGUCUUCCACCUUAUAACAAGGAGGAGCUUGAGUUCCAAGGCGUUGCCAUCAACAGCAUUAACAUUGAUGGUACACUGGAGACUUACCUUGAAGACUAUGAAUACAGCCUCAUUAAUGCUGUGGACAGUAAAGAUGAAGUUGAAAAUGUAGACAUUAGCACUUUUAUGCCGCGUCUGAUGCACAAAGACUUCUCCUUCAAUAUUGACAUAAUGAACAACAAUGAUGCUGAAGUUUUGGCCACAAUCCGCAUCUUCGCCUGGCCACUCCGUGACAGUAACGGAGUCAUCUUCCCAUUCAACGAGGGCCGCUGGCACGCCAUUGAGCUCGAUAGGUUCUGGAAGACCCUGACACCUGGCAACAACCACAUCGUCAGGAAAUCUGUUGAGUCGUCGGUGACGGUGCCUGACGUGCCCAGCAUCAAGACCUUACAAGACAUGACUGAGGCAGCCCUCACUGGAGGCACCGAGUUGCACCUUGAACAGUUCGUGAGCGCCACAGGGCUGCCCAACAGGCUGCUCAUACCCAAGGGCAACGAGGCUGGUAUGGAGUUCAAGCUUGUGGUGGCUGUGACCGAUGGCACAGCUGAUGCAGCCAUUGAUAACCUCGAGACACUCACCAAGUUCCACCACUACGGCUACAAGGGAGUCUACCCAGACAAGAAGCCCCAUGGAUACCCACUGGACCGUCGCGUCCCUGACGAACGAGUCUUCCACGAGAUCCCCAACUUCGCAGAGACCAUCGUCAAGGUCUACAACCACGACGAACACAUCCAACACCACUAACCAUCAUUCACCAUAUUCGCACUAUUGAUAAAAAUGUGAUCUCCAAAUGACUUUAAAACAUUUUUGUAUGUAAGACCAUUAAAAUUUUCAGCAGCCA